AUGAUGAUCCGGUGUUAUGAGAGACUGAUGAUGAUCCGGUGCUAUGAGAGAUUGAUGAUGAUCCAGUGCUAUGAGAGACUAAUGAAGAUCCAGUGCUAUGAGAGACUAAUGAUGAUCUGGUGCUGUGAGAGACCUGAUGAUGAUCCGGCUGUGGUGAAGGCGUGUGAGGGGCUAACGGAGGCUGGGAAGAUCAAAGAGAAGGUUUAUGGCAAACAGAAAGUCUACGUAGCUGAUCAGGAAACAGAAAGAUUGUCGCAGUUUCCCGAUGUUGAUGAUGUGGAAAUCAAGGAGAUGGAUGCCCAGCUAUCCCAGCUGUCUGACUUGACCAAGGUGCGAGGGGAUGAAGUCCGCAGACUGGACAGUGAAUUGAAAGGCCUAAAUAACUCGAUAUCAACAAAAGAGGCUAAAACCCAGCUGGUAGAACUGGAAAAACAGAUUUACAAUUCCCGAAAAGUUUUUGUCAAGGAAUGGAGAAAAAGGAAGAGAAUGGCAAAUGAUAUUAUUGGUGCUAUCCUGGAGGGCUAUCCAAAAACAAGGAAAGAGCUUUAUGACGAUGUUGGUAUUGAGACUGAUGAAGAUUACAAAGUGUCCCCUCCAGAGAUUUGAGCACUGAUUGUUAGACUCAAAAUUAUACCGUUUGUUUGCCCUAUACUGAUCAGAAAUCAACAUAAUACCGUUUGUUUGCCUUGAUCAGAAAUCAACAUAAUACCGCUUGUUUGCCCUAUACUGAUCAGAAUUCAACAUAAUACCGUUCCGUUUGCCCUAUACUGAUCAGAAUUCAACCUCAACUAUGUUUGUAGGCAGGUAGAUUAUAAUUUGACAGUCGUAUCCACUAAUUUCAGUUCUUCGUACCCAGUAUUAAAAUUCACUUGGUUAAAACAUUAUAAAGACGAUGGAAACAUUAUUCAAGAAAUUUGAGGGGAAAAUGCAAUAUUCUCAAAAUAUAAAAAAAAACAUGUAAGUAUUGAAGGAAUGGUUUAUGAAAAAAUUCUGUUUAUAAUAAACAAUAUUUUUGGUCUAAAUGACAGAUUGAAUUGAAAUAACUAAAUGAUUUGGAAACAACAUUACAGAAAUCUGUCUUCUGUACUAUUUGAGGAAUAUAACUAGGUAGGGAGGUCAAGGAGAAAAAUAAUUAUAUCUUGUUUUUGAGUAAAAUAUGUUUUAACAAAUCCAAAUCUACCAAGAG